AUGGCUGUUCUAAUAGUAUUGGCAAUCUGCCUCUCGGCCCCCUUGCCGGUUGCCGCCUCCUCUUCCCUAACCAGCAGAGCAGCAAACGCUAAUGGCAGCCGCCACAGCGACCUCAAUGCACUGCUGGCUUUCAAAGAUGAGCUCGCUGAUCCCACCGGCGUCGUUGCCAGGAGCUGGACAACCAAUGUGUCCUUCUGUCUAUGGCUUGGGGUCUCGUGCAGCCGCCGCCACCGGCAGCGCGUCACGGCUCUUUCGCUGUCGGAUGUUCCUCUACAAGGGGAGCUCAGCCCACACCUCGGUAAUCUUUCAUUCCUUUCCAUCCUCAACCUCAAAAACACCAGCAUCGCUGGCUCCAUCCCUGCUGAACUUGGCAUGCUACAUCGGCUUAAGGUUCUGCAUCUUUCUUUAAAUCGCCUCACAGGCCGUAUUCCAAGUGCUAUAGGAAACUUAACGAGGCUCAAGAAUAAGCUAACUGGCCACAUACCUCCAUUCCUGUUCAAUAGUACUCAAUCCCUAAGGCAAAUCACCUUGUGGAACAACAGCUUAUCUGGUCCCAUGCCACAAAAUCUAGGUUCCUUGCCCAAGUUAGAACUGUUGUACCUAGCGUACAAUAACCUCUCCGGUAUAGUGCCGCCAACCAUCUAUAACUUGUCAAGGAUGCAGGAGCUUUAUCUCUCACACAACAACUUUGUAGAUAAUAACAUGUUAAAUGGUAGGCUUCCACCAUCAUUGUCAAACCUAAGCCAUCUUCAACUGCUAGACCUUUCUAGCAACAUAUUCACAGGGGAUAUCCCAAAUUCUGUCAUAGCCAUGCAAGAGCUCGUGUACCUUAACGUCAGUAACAAUGACUUGUCCGGUCGUAUACCAUCAAAAAUUGGUAUGCUUAAGAGCUUACAACGCUUCGAUCUUCAAGCAAACAAUUUCAUUGGCUCUAUACCCAACAGUAUUGGCAACCUUAGUGUGCUAGAAGAAAUAUGGUUAUCUAGUAACCACUUAAACUCAACUAUACCAGCAAGCUUCUUCCACCUCGAUAAACUUCUCACACUAGAUCUUUCUAACAAUUUCUUAGUGGGUCCGCUUCCAAGUGAUGUUGGUGGCCUAAAACAAGUUGAUAACAAUCUUCUGGGAACUGGAAGUCUUGCAAAAGUUUUCAAAUGCCAACUGAGCAACGGUUUGGUUGUUGCAAUAAAAGUUCUAGACAUGCGACUAGAACAGGCUAUUAGAAGCUUUGAUGCCGAGUGUCAUGUGCUUCGCAUGGCUCGACACCGCAACCUAAUAAGAAUACUAAGCACAUGCUCCAACCUGGACUUUAGAGCACUCGUGCUCCCGUACAUGCCCAACGGCAGCUUAGACAAGCUCCUACACUCUGAAGGUACAUCAAGUAGCUUGGGAUUCCAGAAGAGGUUAGAGAUCAUGAUAGAUGUGUCAAUGGCGAUGGAGUAUCUACACCAUCAGCAUUUCCAGGUUGUCCUGCAUUGUGACUUGAAGCCUAGCAACGUCCUAUUUGACAGUGACAUGACAGCACACGUGGCAGACUUUGGCAUCGCAAAAUUGCUACUAGGUGACGACAGCUCCAUGGUCACUGCAAAUAUGCCUGGAACCCUUGGGUACAUGGCACCAGAGUAUGGAUCAUUUGGGAAGGCAUCCCGCAAGAGCGAUGUGUUCAGCUUUGGAAUCAUGCUUCUUGAAGUCUUCACCGGAAAGAGACCCACGGAUCCCAUAUUCAUAGGAGAUCUAAGCAUCAGGGAGUGGGUUCGUCAAGCAUUCCGAUCGGAGAUUGUCCAUGUUCUGGAUGAUAAGCUCCUGCAAGGUCCUUCGUCUGCUAAUUGCGAUCUGAAGCCCUUCGUUGCACCAAUCUUUGAGUUAGGUUUGCUCUGCUUAAGUGAUGCACCUCACCAAAGAUUAUCGAUGGGCGAUGUUGUCGUGGCACUCAAGAAAGUAAAAAGUGAUUAUAUCAAAUCCAUGCCCGCAACAAGGCCCGAAGCUGCCCAGUGA